GCGGGGGUCUGUUGCAGGGGUGGCAGUGCUCUGGGGAGUGUGGGUGACAUUCCAGGAGUGGUACAUGGUGGCUGCUUUGCCUCCACGGCGGGCGCCCUGGCUUCCCACAUGGCUGGCAGGGCCUUGCACGGAGGAGCCAGGACAGGAAGCAAUAAUUGCUACGGUGGGGGUCCUACCCCUGGUGCCCCUGCAGGCCUGGCAGGGAGGGGCCUCUGCAAGGGCCGAGGGAGAUGGUGCCCUGUCCUGGUGUGGGGCUCUGAGCCGUUGUCAGCGUCGCUGGGCAACACUGGAUGGCGCUGAACGUCUCGGGAGUGGACGGCACCUCUGCCUGGGGGCCACUGAGACUGCUGGCCUCGUGCUCCUGGGCCCGCCAGGCUUGUGGGCUGGUUUUGACAUUAUCUUCCGUGUUUCUCCAGUGACAGUUUCCAAGCAGUUCUGUCCUGGUGACUGUGCCCAGGUUAUGACGACUAAUCCCAAACCGAACAAGGCGUUAAAGGUCAAGAAGGAGGCAGGCGAGAACGCGCCGGUGCUCAGUGAUGAUGAGCUGGUGAGCAUGUCGGUGCGGGAGCUGAACCAGCACCUGCGUGGCCUCACCAAGGAGGAGGUGACGCGGCUGAAGCAGCGGCGGCGCACACUCAAGAACCGCGGCUACGCAGCCAGCUGCCGCAUCAAGCGGGUGACACAGAAGGAGGAGCUGGAGCGGCAGCGCGUGGAGCUGCAGCAGGAGGUGGAGAAGCUGGCCCGUGAGAACAGCAGCAUGCGGCUGGAGCUCGAUGCCCUGCGUGCCAAAUACGAUGCCCUGCAGACCUUCGCCCGCACUGUGGCCCGUGGCCCUGUGGCACCCUCCAAAGUGGCCACCACCAGUGUCAUCACCAUUGUCAAAUCCGCUGAGCUCGCCUCCCCCUCCGUGCCCUUCUCGGCUGCAUCCUAGAGCCUGGUUCAGGCGAGGGGAUUGGGGGGUGGUGGGCAGGGGCUGGCGGGGUGCUAGAGGCCAGCAAGCUGGAGCACCACACUCGUGUGCCCCCCACGGGGGCCUGUGGCUGUGUCCAGUGGCCACUGACGGAUUGUGUGUGUCAGGAAUGUGAUUGCAAGUGUGGGAUGAAGUGAUAGGCCCUGUGAAUGUGUGUGCCACACUGUCCUCCAUGCACAUGGACACUCACGUGUGCUCACCUACGUGCCCACACGCACUCACAUGUAUAUUCUUACAUGUGCUCACACACACAACACAACCACAUGUCCACACCCACCCACGUGCACAUACAUGUGCACACUCACACGUACACACACAUACAUGCCCCUCCCCCUUCUGGACCCUGUUGUCACUUCUCCCUGGAAGAUGCAUCUUUUGGGGGUCUGUCCAGUACCCAUGGUCGCUCGCCAUGAUGUGUAGGUUGGGUACGUGAGCACUCACGCUAGGGCAGUCCCCGCUGCUGGGAGUGACGCUGGAGCCUGGAGCACAGGUGUCUUUGGGGGCAAGAUGCAGGGCUCGGUCUUCCCCCCAUCACGAGCACCUGCUACGCCCUCUGUCUGUCUCCCCUGCAACGCCCCAGCCCUGGGGAGGAAUCCCCUCCCUGACCUGCUCAGUGCCCUGGCCUCCCUGCAGAGCACAGGGCAGCCUGUUCUUCCCUGCACUAUUGCAAGACGCACUCACAGCCCUGCUGUAUCCAGACGGCUCCUGGCCGCAUGAGAUAGAUGUGGAUCAGAGUCCUUGACGGGGCGGGGAUUGUGUGUGUGUGCAUAUGUGCACGUGCCUAUGUGCGUGUGGGCUGCGUGUACGUGUGUGUGCGCGCGUGCCCCGUACGUGCAUGUGCGCGGCCUGCCUGCUGUCACCCAGCAGUGCAGGGUGGGCCUCGGAGCAGCCGCUUGUAUGGAGGGUUCUUCAGGGCGAGGCUCCUGGGUGCAUGUGGCAGAGGGUGUCACAGUGUGCUGUGAGGCUGCCCCUCUGCACUCUGGUGGCCCCGGGAAAGAGGUUGGAGUGCUCUCAGCAGUUGGUCCUAAGCAGAUCCCUGGCCUUGAGCCCCUCUGUGAAUGAGGACAUGAGGCUCAGACACGAGAGGGCUUUUGGGGGAUGGGCAGGCUGCUGCAGGCCCAAGCUGAGGAGAAUGGCCCGGAGGAUGCUGGUGAAGGGUGAGGAGAGGCUAUUCCAUAUGGAGUCCUCAUCGGCUGGUGAUACUUGUGCCUGUGGGUGUGUGUGUGGGGGGUCAAUCAGUGGGGGCCGGCUGCCAGAGAAGAGGGUGUAGGGACGACGUGGGGCAGUGGCCACUGACGGGUGCGCUGUGUGGAGGGUUCAAGGAAGUGGGUGGAGGGUGUGGGGAGAGUGAGGAGGACCCGGGGACUUUGCCAGGAAGCCCUAGCGGGUGUGACCCCGGGUUCCAGACUACCAAGAAAAUGGAAGACUCUGCAACUUGGUGCUUAAUUGUUGCUGAAGCCGUGAACUCAUACUUUCUUCCUGGGGCUCCACAAGUUUGGGGACACUUCCUGGGCUUCUUUUCCCGGGGCCAGUGGGAGCGCUCCAGAGGGCCCUCCCUCCACCCCCCCGGCGCUUCCAUACUUCCUGACUGGUGCUGCCGGCAAGGUGGGAAGAAAAGAUGCCUGUCCGGGAGGAACCCCAACCUGUGGGCAAUGGGUUGGGGUGAGUCCCACACAGGCCAUAAGCCACCACAGGACUAGUAGAGGGGACCCUGGGCCCCGGCCCCUCAGCUCCUCAUACUGCUUGGCCGGGUACCUCCUCUGCCACCACCACCAAAUGAGACCCUCGAAAGCUGCCAGGCUCCUGCAAGGGGUGUCCAGAUCCCUAAAGGGGUGUCCAGCUCCCUAAAGGGGAGAUGGGCCCAGGGGCUGCAACUGUGUCCACCAUGGGAAGGUCUCCAGGGCCCCACAGUGGACCACACUGGCCUGCAGUUCUCGAGGAGGGCCUGAGGGCAUGGCUGGUACCAGGAGGCCCUGGGUUACUGCAGAGCAAAAGGCCUGGAGGGUUAAAAAAAACAAAACAAAAAAAAGCUGUUGAUACCAUAGCCGUGGUAGGUAAUCCAUAUUGGAUAUCAGUAAGGACCAUGGGAAAUAUUUAAAGAGAGAGAAAAUAUAUAUAUAAAAAUUAUAUACACAUUUUAUCAUACAGAUUUUUCGUAACAAUUUUUUUUUCAAGUUUGAUAGUGUACAUCUUCGUUGGAGCAGAGCUGGCUUUUUAAGCAGGGGUGGGGGGUUGGGUGCCCUUCUCCUCCCUGGCCUCCUGCUUGCCCUUCCCAGUGGGGGCCACCACCCCGAACACCUGGCCACCCUGGCAGGGCUCUCCCUGAGGCGGCUGCAGCGGGUGCAAGCUCUCCUGUCCACCCUGGGCUCUUAGGUUCGUGCUGUCCUGGUGUGGGGCGGGGGGCCAGGCAGGGAUGAGUGUUGGCUCUGGGGUGUCAUUGCCCCCUUCCUGGUCUGGGUGCUGGUGCUGGAGAGGGAUCCCAGCGUUUCCAAGCACAGGGUGGAGGGAGCUGCCAUCGCCACCAGGGGGCACCUAGGCCCCAGGCUCCCACCGGCAGAGGGGGGCACUGGGGGAGGAUGGACUGUACCCCAGGACGCUGCCACCCCUGCCAGGAAAGAAGCCAGUAGCAUCUCUUGCGCUUUUCCUUCCAAUCAUUGAGAUUUCAUUGUCACGAUUUUAAUAUAUGGAUUUUUUUUUUUUCUUUUAAUUUAAGAACAAAGGCAAUGGCCUCUGUAACGUGGGUUUGUUCCCCUUCGUCUGUUGUGCUUCCGACUUCCGGAUCCUCUUCACGAAGGCAGACCCUUGCUUCCUAAAAGAUAAUAGGGCUCUCCCACACACCAAGUCCUCAGCACCUGUUCGUUCUGGCCGCUGUGGCUGCUCAGUAAUUUCAUUUCAAUAUUUAUUUUUGUGCUGCCUUUUGUUCUAAGUUAUUGAGAGCAGGCCCCGUGCUGGGGGCCUGGUCUCCUGGGCCCCCAGUCUCACCACCACCACCUAAUUUAUUGCUGUACAUCUG